AUAAAACGACCAAACUAAUCCCGACUGCAGUUCUGCAGCGAACGGUCGCAUCCACUUGCAGCGGACAGACGCACGCGUGCCUCGCCGCUUUUUUUUCAUUUUUUCCGUUCACGCUCAUUUUCCGUUCCGUCGGUGGUGUUUUCGAUUUUUGGGUUUCCGAUACGUGCCGUCCGUGUCCGGUCGCUUUUUCUUACGCGACUAAGGUCUUUUGAUGGUAUGCGACAUGGAUGCCAUGCAGACGACGACGGCCUGUGCGAACGACGAACCGCGCUCGACGACGAACAACAGUGCGGACGCGGCGGCGGUGGCGGCGGCGGCGGCAUCGGCGGUCGUGGCUAACGCGACGCUGCCCAACACGCCGGCUAACUGUGCCAGUUCCAGUUCGAGUGCCAGACAAUCGCCGAAGGUUUGCAUCACGCCCGGAUCGUCGUCGUCGUCGAUGACGGCGUCGAACGCUAUCCUGCUGCAGAGGAACUCGCUGUCGCCUUCGGUGCCGAGGAAGAUCAUCAGCAAAAACAACAACAAUACCAUAUUUCCUACGUCGUACCCAACCAACCUGGCCGAACUGCAAUUAUACAGGGUAAUGCAGAACGCAUCUCUCUUGCUUUACUACGACACACUGCUGGAGAUGGGCGGCGACGACGUGCAGCAGUUGUGCGACGCCGGCGAGGAGGAGUUCCUGGAGAUCAUGUCGCUGGUCGGCAUGGCCUCGAAGCCGCUGCACGUCAGACGGCUGCAAAAAUCGUUGCAGGAAUGGGUCACGAACCCGACCAAAUUCAAAAUGCCCCUGAUACCGGGCGAGGACUUCGAACUGGAACUGUCCAGUCCUCGUGUCACCAGCAAUCACGGUUUUUAUUCGGUGGACAGUGGUGACAGCAACCGUACCAUGUACUCCCCGUCACCUGGUGAUAUAUGUGCCUUACCUCCAGUCUCAAGUCCAGGACUAUCACUCAACAAAAGGCCUUAUUCACCACUAGAUCCUUCCUGCCCCCCUUCAUCCAGCUCCAGCCCCGGCAGCAGCAUGAACGUGCAACUGACACCGACCCUGAUGGACAGCCAAAUAACGAAACUGGCCGCGGCGGCGGAACGCCUCAGCAAAAGUCUGCCGUCGUUCGAGCCGAAGCCGCACAACACCAAAAAGAAGGUGUGCAAGGAACUGGAACUCGUCAUGUCAAUGCCGGAGAACGAUCCGAGACGCAUGGACGAAAUACGAAGGUACGCCGCGAUCUACGGACGGUUCGAUUGCAAAAGGAAACCGGAAAAACCGUUGACAUUGCACGAGGUUUCCGUUAAUGAAGCGGCCGCCCAAAUUUGCAGGUUCAUUCCGGCGCUGCUGACCAGGAGGGACGAGCUGUUCCCCCUCGCCAGGCAAGUGGUCAAGGAUUCCGGGUGCUACUACUCGAAAACGCAAUUGACCUCGGUGUACAUGAGCAAACAGAUGAACAGCGACUCGAUGGACAGUCGCGGCAGUCCGAGGAUGGGGGGACAGGACAACGACGGACCUCCGAUGAAGAAGCCGAAAAUGGAGCCGACCUCCGACAGCGAUGACCAACGCCAGGAUUCUUAUGAGGAUGCAGUCGUUAUGAGGACGACUCUGCAUUCAUUAUUUCAAAACAACUCUAAAAAUAGUUCUAGGGGUACACGUAGAUCAUCAUUAGGGGUAGAAUUAGACGACACUGAAUCGCAUUUCUCCUACAGCAACUCUAGUUCGCCGAAGGUAAGACCAGCAACCAACAAGACCACAUUCAAAGAUUGUCUUUUGUUGCAGUUUGGCCAGGAACAAGACGGUUCACACCGGAAAAUGGAGAACCAAAACGAAAGCGAGGAAGACCUAAACAAGUUCUCGCCGAAAGUGAUCGCUGCUAGCGGGGACAACAUAAUCGCGGUGGCGAAUCCUGCCUUAGCAAUGUCUCCUGCCAUUAUCACACCGAUUACGCUGAAGGAGUCUCGAUCUGACAAGGACUGAUGUGACUCGAACUGUAAAAUACAGGUUGUCUAAUUAAAACGUUCCUGUACCUUAUCUAUUUUCACGGAUAUUGUUGAAGGUUAAAAUGUCCAAGUUGCCUUUUUUUGUUCCUUAUAUUGGAAAAGAUAAUCUAUAGUAACAUAUUAAAUUAGGCACCCUGUAGAAUUAAUACUGUGAUUUAUAAUGUAUUUUAAACAAAUUUAUUAGCGUUGACUGAUGUACUCUUUAAUUUAUUGAUAACAAGUUUAAAUUAAUGAUAGUGACUGUUUUUUAUAUUUUCUUAAGGUGAAUUAUAUUAAAUAACCUGUC